CAUGCCUUCCAAACCUCGGUUGAUCUCAUCAACAAACUCCCAUCUUCUUCUUUGUCCAAAAUUUCACCCUUUGAAAAUUUGUUUAAAAUUCGUCCAAACUAUCUUAAGCUUAGGGUGUUCGAGUGUUUGUGUUAUCCUUGGCUUCAGCCAUAUAAUUCUCACAAACUUCAAUUUUGAUUUCGUCCAUGUUUGUUUUUGGGGUACUCCACCACCACCCUUGGGUACAAAUGUCUUGAUUUGGUCUCCAAUAAAAUUUUUCAGUCUUGGCAUGUGGUUUUUCAUGAAAAUAUUUUUCCUUUUCAUAAUAAAUCUGCCCACUCCUCCCCUUCGGUCUCUGUUUUUUUGGACACAUCACGUGACAUGCCAUUGCCUUCGUUCUCUCUCCCUAGUGCACCUCAUGAGCAGAUGGUCCAAGUGGUGUCUUCUCCGUUGCUCAAUGUCCCUACCACCCCACCUAUUCCCUCUGCCCCUGCUGUCCCGAAUGCUCCCCCUCACCUUCAACUGUCCGUCCUUCAUCCUACAUGCCCCACAUCUUCUCCCCCUUUAGCACAUGGGCCCUCCAACUCCUCAUCUCCAGCUCACCAUCCUUCGGCCACCUCUCAUGCCACUCCAUCCCAUACCGCCUCCCCAUCUUCCAUAACCCGUGACAUGCAACCACCUCCUCCACCAAGGCCUGAUCUUCCUCUCCUCAACAAUCCUACUCGGACACACCCCAUGACCACUUGCUCCCUCAAUAAUAUUUUUAAACCUAAAGUGUUACAUCAAGCCUUAACCACCUCUCCCAUUAUGGCUAGUGAACCCACAUGUGUGACUCAAGCCCUUAAAGAUCCCAAUUGGCGACAGGCCAUGUCUGCUGAAUUUAGUGCUCUUGUUCGGCAAGGUACGUGGGAACUGGUUCCACCUGCCCCUACACAGCAUUUGAUUGGUUGCAAGUGGGUAUUUCGUUUAAAGAGGACUAAAGAUGGUACCAUUGAUCGCUAUAAAGCUCGCCUUGCAGCUAAAGGGUUUCAUCAACGCCCAGAUGAUAUUAUCAUUACUGGCAGUGACUCUACUGCCAUUCACUCCCUGGAUGCCAAGCCUGUCUCCACCCCUCUCACCUCUACGUGCACUCUACACCUUCACUCUGGCGAUACUCCACCCGAUGGGUCUGAAUAUCAGCAACUUCUGGGAUCCUUGCAAUAUCUGGCCAUGACGCGUCCUGAUCUUUCUUUCGCCGUCAACUGGCUAUCUCAGUUCAUGCAUCAACCUACCACUGUCCAUCGACAGGCUGCUAAGAGGGUGUUGCGCUAUCUGCGGGGUUCCAAUCCCAUUUCCUGGCGCACUGCCAAACAGAAAGCUGUUGCCAAGAGCUCUACCGAGGCUGAGUACAGGGCGCUCGCGGCUACUGCUUUUGAAGUGAUCUGGAUCAGUCACUUACUCUCAAAAUUGGGUGUUUCUCCUCCGGCUUCUCCUGCCAUUUUCUGUGAUAAUGUGGGUGCUACCUACCUAAGUUUGAAUCCCAUCAUGCACUCUCACAUGAAGCACAUUGCCAUUGAUCUUCAUUUCGUGAGAGAUUUGGUUGAUAAAUGGCUUUUGCAUGUCUCUCAUAUCUUGUCUCAUGAUCAACUGGCCGAUGGCCUCACCAAAUCUCUCUCCACAGCUCGAUUCUCCACUCUUAGAUCCAAGAUCGGUGUUGCCAACGGCACCUCCGUCUUGCAGUGGUGUAUCACAGACAGUAAUUCAAAGCAAAUCAAAUCUUAGAUUUACUGAAUAAGUUGGUCAUUACUACUGUAUCAAAUCUAUAUAUUCAGUUUCCUUUUUGUAUUUGGAUUCUAAUUGCAGAGACUUGUAUAUGUUGUGAAAAUUGUAUGAAUAAUAAACAUACCUUCAGAAU